AAGGGUUUACCCCCGGAGGGCCCGUCUCUUCUUCCCGGGCAGGAGCUGCCCCUCCCCCACCUCUGCUCUACCAAGGGCUCGCUGGGGAGGGGGCUGGGCGAUCCCUGCUCGCCUGCUCCUGGCUGGAGAAAGCUACUGGCUUCCCAUCACCACCACCGUAUUCUCCACCCACCCACCGCCCAUGCAACCGGGAGAGAGCUCAGAGUGAUGGAGGCCUCUUGGUUGGAGACGCGCUGGGCGCGGCCCUUGCACCUGGCUUUGGUGUUCUGCCUGGCGCUGGGGCUGAUGCAGGCCAUCAAGCUCUACCUGCGGAGACAGCGUUUGCUGCGUGACCUGCGCCCCUUCCCGGGGCCUCCCGCCCACUGGCUCCUCGGACACCAGAAGUUUCUUCAGGAUGAUAAAAUGGAGAAACUUGAUGAGAUUGUCAAGAAGUACCCUUGUGCCUUCCCAUGUUGGAUAGGGCCAUUCCGGGCAUUUUUCUACAUCUAUGACCCAGACUAUGCAAAGAUAUUUCUGAGCAGAACAGACCCGAAGGCGCAGUAUGUGCACCAGUUCAUGACUCCAUGCAUUGGAAGAGGACUCCUGAACCUAGAUGGACCCAGGUGGUUCCAACACCGCUGCCUCCUAACUCCUGCAUUCCAUCACAAUAUCCUGAAAACUUGUGUGGACAUGAUGGCCCACUCUGUGAACACGAUGCUGGAUAAAUGGGAGAAGAUUUGGAGUGCGCAGGAAACAACCAUGGAGGUUUUUGAACACAUCAACUUGAUGGCCCUGGAUAUAAUCAUGAAAUGUGCUUUUGGCCAGGAGACCAACUGCCAGAUAAACAGCACCUAUGAGCCUUACAUGAAGGCAACAUUUGAACUUGGUGAAAUCAUAUCUUCCCACUUGUACAAUUUCUGGCAUCAUCAUGACAUAAUUUUCAAAUUCAGCCCUAAGGGUCACUGCUUCCAGGAGUUAGGCAAAGUGAUACAGCAAUGCACAGAAAAGAUAAUCCAGGACAGAAAGAAACUCCUCAAGGAUGGGGUAAAGCAGGAUGACACUCAGAAGUUUCAGGAUUUUCUGGAUAUUGUCCUUUCUGCCCAGGCUGAAGAUGAAAGAGCCUUCUCAGAUGCGGACCUGAGGUCUGAGGUGAACACCUUCAUGUGGGCAGGACAUGACGCCUCUGCAGCCAGCAUCUCCUGGCUCCUCUACUGCCUGGCUCUGAACCCUGAGCAUCAAGACAGAUGCCGGACAGAGAUCAGGAGCAUCCUGGGAGAUGGUUCCUCCAUCACCUGGGGCCAACUAGAUGAGAUGUCCUACACCACGAUGUGCAUCAAGGAGACACUCCGCUUGAUUCCUCCCAUCCCAUCCAUCUCCAGAGAACUCAGCAAGCCCCUUACCCUCCCAGACGGACACUCGCUUCCUGCAGGAAUGACUGUGGUUCUCAGCAUUUGGGGUCUCCACCACAACCCUGCUGUCUGGAAAGACCCAAAGGUCUUUGACCCCUUGAGAUUCACUAAGGAGAAUUCUGAUCAGAGACAUCCCUGUGCCUUCCUGCCAUUCUCCAGUGGCCCAAGGAACUGCAUCGGGCAGCAGUUUGCCAUGCUGGAGUUAAAGGUGGCCAUUGCCUUGAUUCUGCUCCGUUUCCAAGUAGCUCCAGACCUCACCAGGCCUCCUGCCUUCUUCAGCCACACUGUCCUCAGACCCAAGCAUGGAAUCUAUUUGCACCUAAAGAAACUCCACUAAUGCUAGAUACAAGGAGACAAUGGCUAAAUUUCUUUUUGUUUUUAAGUGAAAUUUAUAGCCAAUGGUCCAGGCAAUUGGAGAGGGCCGUAAGUCUGAUGGGAGAGUUGGAGGACCGUGGUUGGGGCAUCUCUACAGCUGUACAGUACUCCAAGACAUUUCCAGGUAACACAGGUGGCCCUGCAUAUGUAUGACUUGGAGAGAUUUUCAAAUUAUUUUUUAGUGAUCAUGCCCAUCCCUAUCACUGCGUGACUUCUAUAUAUUUUCUGUUUUUUAAUAGUUUUCAGAAUUACAUAAGUAACAGGAGAAUGGAUAUGUGCUGAAUGUAAAAACUUUCCAGCUCUAGGAGGUGUAGAUAAAAUCCCACCUCACCCGGGCUGCACCCCCUGCCCUGACAGAACCUACCGCUUUCUCUAAAAGCAGAGUAAUUUAGUGUGUACCCUCCCGGACUCUUUCCUGCAUAUUCCGUAUAUAAUGCCCACGUGUGUUCUUAGACAUGAAAUAGUAUCUGCAUUGUCCUUGCAUUUUCUGGCUUACUGAAAGACCCACCCUAAUCACUAUUAUAAGGUUGUACUUUUCUGCAAUGUAAGUGUCCUAUGACUCUUUAACUUUCUACGAUUGGAUAGCUAAAUAGAUUUUUAAGUGUAUUCAACCAUUGUUCUCUGUCCCCUCCCGUGCAUAUACUCAGGUUCACAUGUGUGUCCAGGUAUGUAUUCACAUGUGUCCACAUGCAUACAGAGGCCAGAAGUCAGCCUCAGGUGUCAUUUUUAGUUCCAUCCCUUUUAUUUUCAGACAGGACCUCUUAUUGACCUAAAGCUCACCCAGUAGGUAAGACUAGAUAGCUAAUGAGUCCCCUGAUCUGCCCGUCUUUACCUCCCCAGCUUUGGGAUUACAAACAUGUGCACCACACCUGGAUGUUUUACAUAGAUUCUGGGGAUUGGACUCAGGUCCUCAAACUUGUAUAGCAAGACUUUACCUAUUGAGCUAUCUAUCUAGUCCCUAUCUUUAUUGAGGCAACACCAUCUAUCUUUGUUUUUCUGUUUUUUUCUUAUUUACCUAUAUAUCCUUUACAUAUUGUGGAUAAUAAUUCUUGCUAAUAACUUUUAUUUGUAAUUUUCAUAUUCCUUUGCUUUUAUUAACUGAAGGUAUGGUAUAUUUUAUAUAUGAAAUGCUUUGAUUUUCGCCAAUUAAGAUAUACUAGCAGGGCAGUAGUGGUGCAUCCCUUUAAUCUCAGCACUAAGGAGGCAGAGUCAGGCACAUUUCUGUGAGUUUGAGGCCAGCCUGGUCCACAAAGUGAGUUCCAGGACACCUAGGGCUGUUAUACAAAGAAACACUGUCUAGAAAACUCAAAAUAAAUAAUAAAUAAAAUAUAUACACACUUUCUUUAUGAUUUCUUGAUUUUGAAUCUUAAAUAAGAAAGUGUAAACUUAGAAUAUUACAAAACUAUUUUUACGUAUGUUUCUGGUGCUAACUACUCUUUUGGGGUGGGGUUCCAGACAGGGUUUCUCUGUGGUUUUGGAAGCUGUUCUGGAACUCACUUUGUAGACCAGGCUGGCCUCGAAUUCACAGAGAUUGGCCUGACUCUGCCUCACCAGUGCUGGGAUUAAAGGUGUGCACCACCACCACCUGACACUAACUACUCUUAUGAAGCCUGAAUGGAAACUGCUUAACGAGGUGGAACCUAGGGUGGACUGCAUUUUAAGGACCUUUUCCUGGGCAUGAUUAUGCAUACUUAUAACUCCAGCAGGAGAACCAUGAGUUCAAGACCAGCCUGAGCUACAAGAGAGAGAAAGAGGAUGGGAGGGGUAGUUUUGCAUCUGUUGCAUGAAUAAUGAACAAACUAAUGAUAAGUUAGAGAGGGCAAACGUAGAAACCAGAAGAAAGGGACACAAUUGGAAAGCUCAGACAAGGGAAAACAUAGAUGCUGCAUACUUAUCUGAUCAAAGAGACAUCAUAAUCAUGAAGGUGUUUUUCCCAGGGCAAGGUCCAUCCAUUGCAUUCCAGAUGUCUGAGAUUUCCCCCAAAUGUGGGGAACUAGCCUUCAUAUUUUGUUGUAAUGAGAGAAUGCAUUGAUGCUCUCCCUUAAUUAAAAAAAAGUAGAUGGCGCUUGCCAAGGGUGGUGGCAGUGGACCUUAAGGGACAUGAAUGUGUGAGUGACUUUGAUGACAUUUAGGAAAGUAAAGAGAACUUUUUGGUUGACUGGUUGACUGGAAGUGUGAAUGAAGAGGCAGAAUUCAAGAUUUGAGAAACUGACCAAGGUUAUCCUGUCCAAUCGUAGGAAAACUUCAAAUAAUCCUUGGAACCAGCCUUCUCUCACCAGGUGUCCAUUGGUUCUUUGCAUUUCUGGACAUUUUGAUAUGGAGAAAUCCUAUGUAACAGUUCUGUCAACCAAAGGCACUAAUAAGCAUGGAAGCAUAAUGCAAGAAAGGAUGAUUUGUGGAGGCUAAGAGUCCCUUAACCAUACAGAAGACCCACCAUCUCAGGUUUAAUAAACCCCUAUCUUAUCAAUAAUAUGCUACAAGUAAAGAGAAUUUAGCCCUCCAGUGCAAUGAUAUCAAAUGCUUCCUGUAGAAACACCUGACAGGGUCACAUAACUGUAAUGCGGCUCCUAUGUUCCUUUUGUCUCCUCUGUGCCUAUAUGCAGAAGACCACCAACUACCUAGAGAAUGAUUCCCUUGCUUCACUGUAUAAUUGGCACUUGACCAAGUAAGACUAAACAGGAACUUUGAUAAUUACAGUGAGUAUGGCCGUGAGUGUUUGAGUUGCUCUAAAACUUACAUCAGUAGUUAUAUUUGUGAAGAGCCCAGAAGUUUCUUUUAUAAGUUAGCCUGUAGCCUUGUGGAAAUUGGAAUGGUUCUUGAUAACUGAAUUCUACAAGUUGUGAUUCAUUCAGGAUCAGCACUGUCCCAAUACUGUUUCUACUUUAAAGGAUCUGUCAUAGUCCAUGCUUAUAUUACAAUCUCCUUGUAGCAGAGAUGACUCAGCAUCACUCUCACAUCCUCUGUUAACUCCUGCAAAAAUAGAAUCCUUAACUGGACACAUGGUUGCAAGUUACUGAGUAUAGUGUGUCUCUCUGCCCCCUUCUAUCUGUCUAUCUCUCUGUCUCUGUCUGUCCCUUGUCUCUCUUUCUCUCUCUCUUUCUCUGCAUGUAUGUGCACAUGCAAAUACAUGUGCAUGUUUAGACCAAAGACCAACACUGAGUAUUUUUUCAACCAUUCUCCACAUUAUUCUUUGAGACAGAGUCUCUCACUGAACCUGGAGCUCACCAAUUCAGCUAGACUGACCAGAUGGCCCCAGGGUUUGCCGAGUCUGUCCCUCUGCAGCACUGGGGAUUACAGGUGCACAAACUACCGUGCCUAGUUUUUUACAGUGUGCUGUGGACCCAAACUCAACAGCAAGCACUUUAUCAGAUGAUCCAUCUCCCCAGCCCAUAGACUUUCAAUGAGACACACCAUGGUUUUUAAUUUGGGGCAGAACUAUGAACAGACAUGAUAUGUUCUGUCUCCAGCUAAUAUCUUCAAAAGGAAAGGUUUAUGACCCCAAUUCCUGUUUAUUCCCUUGAAGAGAGAUGUGGUGACAGAACCUAGGGGCACUUAUAUUAUUACCUGAAAGUUGUGUGUUGAAGAUGACUGAAUAAGAUAGACAGAAGACUGGAUGCCUCAUAAAGCAAACCGUCCCACUAGUUCUAGGCCAUCUUCCUAGCUCAAUGCGAAAGAGAAUUAAAUUGUCUCAUUGAGACUUUAUUAUUAAUAGUAGACCAUUAUUUAUGUGAAGAGUGUUUUCCUUUAUAUCUGUCCAAAUAAUUAAGGUCUUACUCUUUGCUUCAAAGCUAUUUAAGUGUUCAACUAUUUAUCAUAACUUUGGUGUUAAAGUAAACACUAGAAAAGAUAGGGUGUCAUCCAUAACCAAACAGCCACUCCCAAGCAAGGAAUGGCACAAAGGAACAGGUAUUUUAAAGGAGCCACAGUAGACCCAAACAAAAUACUAUAACUUGUUCACGUUUUUCUCUACCCCCCCCCCCCCAACCCAACCUGGAGAUAGUGCAUGAGCAAAAACUGAUGUUCAAGUUUUUUUUAAUUAUUGAAUUGUAUGUGCAUGAAUGUUUUGCCUGCCUUUAUGACUAUGAACCAUGUUUGUGCAGUGCCCACAAAGGAGGGUGUCAGAUCCUCUAGGACUGGAAUUGCAGAUGGUUAUGAGCCACCAUGAGGGUGCUGGGAAUUGAACCCAAGUCCUUCCAAAGACCAGUCAGUGAUCUUAACUGAUGAGCCAUCUCUCCAGCCCCCAGAUGCUAAGUUUCUUAAGCACUGGUUUUGAUUUUCCCAUAAGGAUUGACAUGCCCAGCCAAGCUACAGAUUCUGUCAAGGUUCAUCAUUUAUUUAUCUUCUUUAAAUCAUGCCUCUUUUAACAAUUUAAAGUAGUCAUGGCUCUACAUUUUGAUAUCUUGUGCACACUCGAAGCACAGAAGCACAGUUUGUCUAUGAUUUAAUGGCACUGUCCAAUUCAAGAGCCCCUACCUAGACCUUACUGAAAGUCCUUCUCAGCUUUAGUGUCCUUCACAAGCAUGGAAAAUGGCCAUAAUUAGUAAUGGAUCCUUCUGGUUUAGGAAACAAGUCAUUUUACCCUUUGGCAUAUCUGUCUCAAAAGAAUCUCAGAACACAAACACAUAACUUUUACUCACUGGUACAGUUCAAAAAUUGAUAUCAAUUAUAUAUAAUGAGCCGGGUGUUGGUGGCGCACACCUUUAAUCCCAGCACUCGGGAGGCAGAGGCAGGUGGAUCUUUGUGAGUUCGAGACCACCCUGGUCUACAGAGCUAGUUCCAGGAUAGCCUCCAAGACAAUACAGAGAAACCCUGUCUUGAAAACCCAAAUAAAUAAAAUUAUAUAUAAUGUAUAUACAACAUGUUGUUUUCAGAGUCCUUUUACCAUUAUGGUGGAAAACAAUAUAAACAUUCCCCCUUA